AUGAUUGAGUUGCUUGGACACAAUAGAUGGGCAUACGAGUUACUAAAGAGUAAAUCAAACCGUGAUAUGUUUGUCUUUAUCUUGCUGUUAUGCUGCGCCGGAUCGAGAGAAGAGGUUCUAUUAGAGGCUAAUUUCGAAUACAUGGUAUUUCGAGUGAUUAUCGCUUACGUAGCCAGAGCUGAUGUCUCAGCCACUGCACUGUUCGCAAGCAAAUCGGACGGGCUAGUUGGUAGUAUUGUAUUGGGAAGACAAACGUACUUGGUUGCCUAUAACUCGAGUACUCCCACACCAAUAGAGGUUAGAAUCAAUCAGAAAAACUUGACAAUCGACGAGGAGGAUUGGAGGUUGGGAAAUGAAGUCGUUGUGAACAUAUAUUUCAUAAAACAGACUAAAGAUAUAAAGCUCGUGCACAAACCUAAAACGUUUGCCGCAGUCACGGGUUUGUCAAUUAACAAAGGUGUAGACUUUAUGGUUUUGACAACUGAUCAUCCCCAAGAUUUUUUUGUUAGAAAAUUCGGAAGUCAAACUGUUUACUCGCUGUGUUUCACGUGUGCGUUUCCACGUGUGCGAUUCCACGUGUUCGAUUCCACGUGA